CUAAGUGCGUCAGUUGUGGAGAGACGCAGACGAGUUGAGUCCUGGUCUGCGGGGAGGCGGCCGGCUCUAUCGCAGACUACGGACCUCUCUGGGUCUCAGCUGCCAAAGAUCCUGUCCGGUAGGUGAGUGGCUCACUUUGAGGGAAAGGCUUCUCGGAUCGAGGCUUCUUCAUGGCCGCUCAGAUCGCGAGUGGUCAGGGCUGCUCUCUGUGCGGAGGACGGCGUCCAAUGAGCGCAGUUUAUUCGAGAAAGUACUAGCCGGACAUGAGUGGCUGUCGAGUAUUCAUCGGGAGGCUAAAUCCGGCGGCCAGGGAGAAAGACGUGGAAAGAUUCUUCAAGGGGUAUGGACGAAUAAGAGAUAUUGAUCUGAAAAGAGGCUUUGGUUUUGUGGAAUUUGAAGAUCCCAGGGAUGCGGAUGAUGCUGUAUAUGAACUUGAUGGAAAAGAACUCUGCAGUGAAAGGGUUACAAUUGAACAUGCUAGGGCUCGAUCUCGAGGUGGAAGAGGUAGAGGACGCUACUCAGACCGUUUUAGUAGUCGCAGACCCCGAAAUGAUAGACGAAAUGCUCCACCUGUAAGAACAGAAAAUCGGCUUAUAGUUGAGAAUUUAUCUUCAAGAGUCAGCUGGCAGGAUCUCAAAGAUUUCAUGAGACAAGCUGGGGAAGUAACCUUUGCGGAUGCACAUCGACCUAAAUUAAAUGAGGGGGUAGUUGAGUUUGCCUCUUAUGGUGACUUAAAGAAUGCUAUUGAAAAACUUUCUGGAAAAGAAAUAAAUGGGAGAAAAAUCAAAUUAAUUGAAGGCAGCAAAAGGCACAGUAGGUCACGAAGCAGGUCUCGUUCCCGUACUAGGAGUUCCUCGAGGUCUCGUAGCCGAUCUCGUUCCCGGAGUCGCAAGUCUUACAGCCGGUCCAGGAGCCGGAGUCGGAGCCGGAGCAAGUCUCGUUCUGUUAGUAGGUCUCCUGUGCCUGAGAAGAGCCAGAAACGUGGUUCUUCAAGUAGAUCUAAGUCUCCAGCAUCUGUGGAUCGCCAGAGGUCCCGGUCCCGGUCCCGGUCCCGGUCCAGGUCCAGAUCAGUUGACAGUGGCAAUUAAACUGUAAAUAACUUGCCCUAGGGGCCUUUUUUUUAAAAAAAAAAAAUUCCCAAACCAUACUUGCUAAAAAUUCUGGUAAGUAUGUGCUUUUCUGUGGGGUGGGAUUUGGAGGGGGGUGGGUUGGGCUGGAUAUCUUUGUAGAUGUGGACCACCAGGGGUUGUUGCAAACCAAUUGUAUUAAAUGUCUUUUGAUAAGCCUUCUGCUCACAUUUUUGUGAAUGUCUGAAGUAUAUAGUUUGUGUAUAUUGACAGAGCUCUUUUAUUACUAAAGCAAAUUUAAUUUUUUUGUACUAGAAAAAUUUUGAACGUUUUAGUUCCUGGUUAUUCAGAUAGUUAAUGCAAAAUUAGUUUAAUGCCUCAAUUAAACUAAUUAACAGCUUUGGACACUUAAAAGAGCUCUUAAUUUGCUUGUACAUAAAGGCUUAAUAUGAGUUUUCCUUGUUAGGGUUAAGGGUGUCCACCCACCCACCCUUUAACAGCUGUCUGGCAAAGACGUUAAGACAGCUGUUUGUUAUUGAUAAUAAAAGGUUAUAAAACUGC